UUCCCGGACAGCAAUGAAUCCCUCAUAUUUGGUGUAUAUUUUGCAUUAUGUGAUGCAUUUUCCACGUUUUUUUCUUUUCUUUUUCUAAUACUAUCACAUUUCCAGAAGCGCUGCACUUCCCUGUCAGGUUACUGUUUUGCAGGGUAGAGUGAACAGAGGAAAUUAAUGGAGUGUUACCAUGGGUCACAUUUUCCACAUCCAGCCCUCCUGUGGUAAACAGAACUAAGGAAAUACACCUGUCAGUCACAGUGGAAAAUGAGGAGAAGCGCUCCUGCUUGACUUCUGCAAACUUUCCUUAUCUUCCGGUAGUUGAGACUCUUCCAGCGCACAAAGUCAACAGUUUUUGGAGACGGGAGGAGGAAGAAGUGGGAACAGACGGGUCAAAACCGACGAGGAAAGAGAUCUUCUUGAUGCGAUAGUGUCUGAGUUGAUCCAGUUAACCUGCGCUGAGGGUUCUCGAUUACAGACACGAUGCCCGAGGCUUCUGACAUGAUCAACCUGAACCUGGCCUUCCUGUCUGACUCCGAGCGGGAGAUGAUCCUGGAGGUGCUGCAGCGGGACGAGGAGCUGAGACAGGCCGAGGACCUCCGUGUAAAGAGCAUGAAGACAGAGUUACUGGAAGUGAGGAAGAAAGGGGCCAAACGCGGCAGUGGAAAAUACAGUGAGCACAGUUGUGGCCGAUGUCAGGAGUCUCUGAGUCGACUGACUGUUUUCUCCAGCCAGUGUAAGAUUUGCAAUCACCAUCUCUGCAGAAACUGCAGAAUAGCACUACCCGAAGGAUCCUGGCUCUGCAGCGUGUGUUCCAAAGAGACGGAUCUAAAGAAAAGGACAGGUGACUGGUUCUACGAUCAAAGGGUCAACCGUUUCUCCAUGACGCCUGGACAUGACCUGGUGAGAGUCUCCCUGAAAAAGAGACCAAUGGCAAAGAAACGAGAGACGACAGGAGAAGUACUGUUGAGAAAUACUGAAAUAAACCCAGAUCUUCCCACUCCUAUGCCGCGGGUCAGGCAGAAAAAUCAAGAAACAGAUAACAAUGGUCAUGUAAAGGAGAAUUCUGGAUCAAUUGCUUCAAGAGAGUCAUGUGAAUCAAAGGAGGAUGUUUGGUCAAAGCCAGCACGCAGUGACACGGAGUCUGCAGAGAACAACAGCAUAAGCAGCCGUAAAACAGACACUGAAUCUGACCCUGUGACCCCAGAGCAACAAAGGAAAGAGAGCCCUCCAGGGUCCCCUGUGUCAAGUCUGACGGCUCCAAUCCAAGCGGACAUCGUGAUGGUUGACAGUACCAACUCGGAAACUAACCAUUCCCCGGAAAUAAUCAGUCCGAGCCCUGAUAUGGACGUUGAUAGACUCUUCAAGAAGAGCAUCAAACGAGCCCAAAAGCCCCCUGAGUCUGUAUCCACACUGGACCUUCGUGAUGAAUGUGACACACCUGCGGUCUCGAUGGGCGACAGGAGCCGCUCUGUACCAGGCCUAGACAUACAGGAAGAUGGAGAGGAGGAGGAAGAUAUCGACAGCUUGGUUAGCUUUCAUAAAAGGUCAAUGGCUUCAAGCUCCUACAGUCUGCACAGCUCGAAGAGCACGCUGGGCAGCAUGAUGAGUAUUUAUAGUGAAGCCGGAGACUUUGACAGCGUGGAAGUGAGCGGAGACCUCAUCUUCUCGAUGAGCUACAACGAACCAACCCAGAGCCUCCAUGUCUUCAUCAAGCUGUGCCAUGGGCUGGCCUACGGCGAUUCCUCGAGGCAGCUUUCCCAUCCUUAUGUUAAAUGUUAUCUACUGCCUGACAAAUCUCGCCAGAGCAAAAGGAAAACCAGCAUCAAGAGGAACACGAUCGACCCGGUCUACAACGAAACGCUGAAGUACUCCAUCAGCCGCUCUCAGCUGUUCACCCGCUCCAUGUUGAUAUCAGUCUGGCAUCACGGACGCUUGAGCCGCAACGCCUUCCUUGGUGAAGUGGAGAUCCCUCUGGACACCCGAGACCUUGACUCCCCGCACGAGGAGUGCGUGGCUCUCGUGGCAAAGUCAGCCUCAGCUGCGCCAGCUUCAGCUUUCGCUCAGUACAAAGGAGAGUUGGUGAUCUCCUUGAAGUAUGUGACACCUGAAAAGCCAACCUCUGAGAAAAAAGGCAAAAAGGCAGACAUUGGGGGAAGUGGAGAGCUGCAUGUCCUUAUUAAAGAGGCGAAGAACUUAAUGGCAAUGAAACCAGGAGGCACCUCAGAUAGCUUCAUAAAAGGUUAUUUGUUCCCAACGAAAGCAAAGAACACAAAGAGGAAGACUCCGGUGGUGAAGAAGAGCCUGAACCCCCACUACGACCACACGUUUCUGUACAAGGAUCUGGCUCUGGAGCAGCUGCAGGAGAUGUGUCUGGAGCUCACAGUGUGGGACAGAGAGGCCAUGACGAGCAACGAGUUCCUGGGAGGACUCCGUCUCAGCACGGGAAAAGGCACAGUGAAAAUUGGAAAAGCAGAAGUGGAAAUGGACUCGUUGGGAGAGGAAGUGAGUCUGUGGGAGAAGAUGAUGAAGUACCCCGACUCGUGGGCAGAGGGCACUCUUCCCCUGCGCUCCACCAUGGUGAAGGGCAAAUGAGGACAGCACACAGGCAUGGGUCCUCGAAAAGAGACUGAAAUGUGAAAAGCUGCGGGAUCUAAAACAAGUUUGAGAUUAUGGAUUUUUAAUAUUUUGCAAGCUUGUCAGAGCAGAGGCGUGUCUGCUGAAGUGACUAACACCUUCCUGCUGAACAUCUGCCUCCCUGUGUGGGGUUCAUGUUUAGCACCGCCCCCUGACGGUGUAACUUCAGAAAAUGUGCCAAAACAUCACAAACUCUGGGUUCAUUUUAAGAGCAAUGACACAUUUUAUAUAUCUUUUUUUUUUAUUCAGAAUGUAUAUUUACUGCAAUUCAAAUGUAUGCACACUUUUGAGCACUAAGCACAGAAAUAGUGUCACAUUUUUCCUUUACAAUUGUGUACAAAAUGAUACUGUUGCGUGGGAAAACAAGUCAUUAUAAACUACAAAAUCUCUGGUGUUGCAUCCAACAAAUUGUAUUAUUAUCUUUAUAUGUAAGAUGCACAAAAAGCUUUAUUUGAAAUAAUGAAAUGUGUCUAUGCAGAAAUAAAUUUAGAUCUUAAUAUUUUUACUGCAUGUGAUCAGACUUGUGUUUACCUCAAGGUUUCCAUUGAUAUUCUGUUCAUCUAAUAAACAAUGUUCUUAACCAAAA